GGAUUGUGCUCAGAAAACAGCGCCUUGGUUUAGCUUAGCUUUUGCUGCUCUAGCCACGAAAAGGCAAAUAUACGCUCCUUCCAGUGGUUCUGGAUUUAAGCACGCGCCUUCAAACACAGUUUCACGGGUAAGCUCAUGGCAGUAACAGUGGUGAUAGUCCAUGAACGCUCAUGGACUCACAGAAAACGUCUCAUCCAUCACCAACUGCAACAGGCACUGGAGCCCAGAUAACACAGUGAAACUGGCUGUUACACUUCACACCGAUUUAGGAGACAUCAAAAUCGAAAUAUUCUGUGAACGCGCACCGAAAACAUGUGAGAACUUCCUCGCCCUGUGUGCCAGCGGCUUCUACAAAAGAUGCAUCUUCCACCGAAACAUUAAAGGCUUCAUGGUGCAAACUGGAGACCCGACAGGCACUGGUAAAGGAGGAACAAGCAUAUGGGGGCGCAAAUUUGAAGAUGAGUUCAGCGAACAUUUAAAACAUAAUGUGAGAGGAGUGGUCUCCAUGGCAAACAAUGGUCCAAACACAAACGGCUCCCAGUUUUUUUUCACCUAUGCCAAACAGCCUCAUUUGGACAUGAAGUAUACCGUCUUUGGAAAAAUUAUUGAUGGCUUGGAAGCACUGGAUGAACUGGAGAAACUCCCCGUGCAUGAGAAGACGUUCCGACCGUUGACCGAAACUCGCAUUAAAGACGUCACCAUUCACGCCAACCCUUUUGCCGGUUAGAAAGUGUCAUCAUGAUGCCCAAAUGUUUUUGUCGGUGUGUUUUAAAAACAAAAAAAAAGUCUCAAAAUUGUCAAUUGUGAGGAUGACAUUGUUUAGAAAAGAAAAUAGUAAAGCAGUAUUCCACCCAUUCAUUUGUAAUUCAUAAACUGUAUAUUUGAAAGUUUUUUUUCCUUUUUUUUUUUUUACCACCAAUAUUUCUCACUUCAUUGCUCAAAUUCAACACAGAUAGGUUCCGUGUUUCAUAACUUUCCAUUGAGCAUGUGUCUUCUACCAUGUGGCCUUUGUCCGCUCUGAUGCACUUGUUCAAUAAAGUUUGAUAUUAAAACAGAAAAACUCGUGAGAUCCACCCA